AUGUGUCGUACUAAAGAAGCGAAAUACAAGAAGAAGGAAAAAUUCAAGAAAAAAAUUAGGCAGUUGGACGAAACCGAUUCUGAAGACGACGAAGACCAAACUGAAGUUGAAGGUGGCCAAUCAUCGGAUGAAAGCGAAUGCACACAUCAAGCAAAUCAAGUGCAAACAAUACGGAAACACAUCUUUGCAAUCGAUUCAGACAAAAGUGUGAAGAUCAAUUGUGCCGUAGGUGGGGUAAAGCUUUCGUGGAUUGUGGACUCAGGUGCUGGAGUGAAUGUAAUCAACGAGGCAAGCUGGAAAUUUUUAAAAAAACACCAGUGCAAGGUUAGCUAUGAGUCAACGGACGUACGGAAGAAACUUGUUGCGUACGGUGAUCACAAAUUGAAAGUGAAAGGCGUUUUCAAGGCAGAUUUCUCAACAAAGUUUAAAACAAUCCAUGAUGAAAUAUACGUAAUCCAAGGAGCUGGUAACAACCUGCUGGGCAGAAAAACGGCCAUGGAACUCGGAAUUUUGGAAAUAAAAUCAGAUCUGGCAGAAAUAAAAUCGAAACCUGUGAGGCCACUCGGAAAAUUUAAAGAUUUGGAGGUAAAGUUAAACAUCAACAAAAAAAUACAGCCAGUUCAUCAAUCCUGUCGGCGUAUCCCGAUCCCAUUACAGGGAUUGGUGGAAAAUGAAUUAAAGAACUUGAUGGACCAAGAUGUCAUCGAAUUAGCUCCAUCGAAGGUGUCAUGGGUUUCUCCGCUCGUAGUUAGACCUAAAAACGGCGGAAAGGAAGUACGUAUUUGUGUAGAUAUGAGAUCGGCAAACAAAGCAAUCAUUCCUGAUCGUCACCCCCUACCUACUUUUGACGGAAUAAUGCCUUACCUGAAUGGAUGUCGGGUAUUCUCGAAGCUUGAUCUUCGGAAGGCAUUUCACCAAAUCGAACUGUCACCGGAAUCCCGGGAAAUAACAACAUUUGUGACUCAUUCAGCUUUUUAUCGUUACAAAAGACUGAUGUUCGGGAUGAAUUGUGCCUCCGAAAUAUUUCAACGCGAAAUGGAGCGCAUUCUCAAAGGUUUGAAAGGAGUACGAAACUUUAUUGACGAUGUGCUGAUUUACGGAAGAACGGUACAAGAACAUGAUCGUCAUCUUGCAGCAGUUCGUCGUAGAUUCGCGGAACACGGAAUUGAGUUGAACGAGGAAAAGUGUCAGAUUAGAAAGAAGAGUGUUACAUUCAUGGGUCACGAGCUAUCCCCCGAAGGUAUCUUACCGAUGGAAGACAAACUCGGCGCUAUUCGAAGGUUCCGGAAACCGGACAAUAUAUCGGAAAUGCGUUCAUUUCUGGGACUCGUUACAUAUGUAGGAAAAUUCAUUCCCAACCUAUCAGCCAUAACUGCGCCACUACGACAAAUGAUCAAGAAAGGAACAAAGUACGAAUGGUCGACGGAUAAAACAAGGGCAUUCGAAAAAGUAAAGGCAGCUAUAUCGGACCCCCAACAUCUGGGGUAUUACAACCCAAAUAAUUCAACAUUAGUGAUCACAGAUGCAAGCAGUGUAGCAGUAGGUGCAGUAUUGGUGCAGCUGGAGAAAGGUAUUCCCCGAGCAAUUUCCUAUGCCAGCAAGAGUUUGAGUCCAACAGAGAAACGUUACUUUCCUCUCGAACGGGAGGCUCUAGCAAUCGUUUGGGCUUUGGAGAAAUUCGAAGUUUACCUCAGAGGAUUGAAGUUUACCCUCGUUACGGAUCAUCAACCGCUAGAAACAUUAUUCGGAGAGAAGUCAGUCCCGAGUGCCAGAAUCGAACGAUGGGUCCUCAAACUGCAAUCUUUCAGGUUCUCAAUAGUCUACGUACCAGGGAAACUAAACAUUGCUGACCCCUUGUCGAGACUGUGCCGUGAUAUUCCCAGCAAAAGUUUCGACAAAGGCGUGGAUGAAAUGCUGUGCUCAAUUGUGGAAUCUGGACGUCCUGCAGCAAUAACGAUGACGGACAUAAUCGAAGCUUCGGAGAUAGACAAUGAAAUUUUACAUGUCAAGAGAGCACUGUAUUCCGAAAAAUGGACACAAGAAUUGCAGAAAUACAAAGCUUUCAAAAACGAACUGAGCUGCAUACGUGAUGUUCUGUUGCGAGUAAAUAAAAUCGUUGUUCCAGUAAAACUAAGAAGCAGAGUUCUGGAAUUGGGACAUACUGGACAUCCAGGAUGUGGAAAAAUGAAGCGAAGAAUUCGUGCAUCCCUCUGGUGGCCGGGCGUAGAUUCGGAAGUUGAAAAAUUCUGUAAAUCAUGUUUGGAGUGUCAGGCCGUAGGCAGAAAUCCUGUUCCAGAACCACUUCACAUACGAAAUUUGCCAUCCAAACCGUGGAGUUAUCUGUGUGCAGAUAUAUUGGGACCUUUGCCCUGUGGUAAAUCUAUUCUCGUGGUGAUAGACUACUACAGUCGCUAUCAAGUAGUUGAGGUCGUCACGAAAGUAACAUCAUCAGAACUCAUCAAGCGGUUUCGCAGAAUCUUUACUGAAUUGGGACGACCGGAUGUCUUGGCCACGGAUAACGCAACUUAUUUUAGCAGCACCGAAUUCAAGGAUUGUUUCGUAGAUAUGGGUGUCAAACUAACAAAGACCACACCCUAUUGGCCGAGAGCAAACGGAGAGGUGGAGAGGCAAAAUAGAUCUCUGUUAAAAAUCUUACGGAUCAGUAACAUGAAACAUACCAACUGGAUGGACGAUCUACAAGAUUAUCUAUACAUGUAUUCUGCUACACCACACUCAAUCACAGGAGUUUCGCCAGCCGAGUUGAUGUUUGGGAGACGGUUCAAGGAUGUUUUUCCACAUUUCGAUGAAGACAAACUACUCGACGAUGAAAUUCGUGAUCGCGAUAAACUUGCAAAGCAGUAUAGUAAGGAUUAUUACGAUGAUAGAAAUUCAGCUAAGGAAUCGAACGUGGAGGUGGGUAGCAGUGUCCUGAUGAAGAAUAUGAUACGGGAAAACAAACUGACUCCACUUUUUGAUCCCACACCGGCGGAGGUAAUCGACGUACAGGGUAAUGCUGCCACGAUCCGAACACCUGAAGGGCAAGAAUAUCGUAGAAAUUGUGCACAUCUGAAACUAAUACCAAUGGAAUUGAACGCGGAAAAUUCAAAGAAUCAAGCAGAGAACCACGAUCAACUUCAGAAGGAGAGAGUAGCAGAAGGAGACAGCCUUCCUACGAUGUCUACACGUUCCAGAAGAACGACGAAGAAACCGAAGCGGUAUGACGAUUACUCAUUGGAUUAG